AUAGCGGUCCAGCAGUUGGAACAAGUCGUUUAGGAACUCCUCAAAACAACUACCGAUACUCGAUUGACAUUUUUUUGGACCUAACGGAUACAGCGAAUGUUUUUUAUGCUGGAAAACGUGUGAGAUUUUGUCAAGAUUGAGGGAAGGCAGCCACCAUGAGUGUCCCGCUCUACGCACCGACUCCCAUCCAGCAAGCUCAUCCGACUCCCUUCUACAUAGAAGACAUUCUAGGAAAGAACACCUCUUCUUCUUCUUCUUCCUCAUCCUCGUGCUCCUCCACCACUCCGGUCCUUCCGUCGCCCAACUCUUCCUUUACAAGUUUCAUCUCACCAUACCGGACUCCUCUUUACGAACCAACGCCGAUCCACCCGGCGCUGACCCACCAGGCUGCGGCAGCUUUGACGGCCUCCUACGCCUCCUCCGCCGGGGCUUUCGCCGGUUCCGUGUACCCCUUCCACCACCAGCAGCACCACCGCGCCGUGGGGGAGUACGCCCAGGCCCUGCUAAGGCACGACCCGCUCGGGAAACCCCUGUUGUGGACCCCUUUCAUCCAGCGGCCCUUACAUAAGCGAAAAGGCGGUCAGGUUCGGUUUUCCAACGACCAAACCAUUGAACUGGAGAAGAAAUUUGAGACCCAGAAGUACCUUUCACCGCCGGAGAGGAAAAGACUUGCCAAGAUGCUACAGCUCAGCGAGCGACAGGUUAAAACCUGGUUCCAAAAUCGACGUGCAAAGUGGCGAAGACUCAAACAGGAAAAUCCCCAGGGAACGAAGAGGGAGGAGGAUGUCAGCAGUGCCAAAGGAGAAGGGACGUCCGACCCGUCCGGGGUCCGGGGCCCGGAGCAGAAACAGACUGCAGCCCCCGGCAUGGCUCAGGCGGUCCACAAUGUGCGAUCAAUGUCGCCACAACAGUCCCUCACGGAGCCGGAAUCAAAUAUUUCAGAAGAUACAGACCUGGAACUGGACAUCGAGGACGACCAUGAGGACACAUUGAACCACCAGCUCUGAGUGUGAACACCGUGAGGACUCAGACCGAUGCUGAGAAGCUGACAGAUCCUUCUAUUCCCUGAUGUUAAACGUGGUUCAGACAUGGUGGAUAGGGAGUUUUCUCACAUGCAGCAGUGCCGUCGACAUUUUCUACAUAAGUUGGGAAGAUUGUUACUGUAUCUCAAUGGUACUGUAAAUUAAUAGACUAGAAGCUUGUUCUGUAUGUCGUUUUAAAUGUAAAAGGAUCAUUAAAUAAACAUGUAAAUGUGUAAAUGAGUGUGAUUUCUAUUAAACUGUUUAUUUGUGUGUGAAAAAUGUGCCGCCUUUAGUUAUGGAACUUUACCAGUGAAUUAGUGGAUGUUGAAAUACCACGUGUAGUAUCCGUCCUGUGCGGUGAGGUUCACGGCUGGUGAGGCACUGACUCAUCUGGAGACUGUUUUUUUAAUGUUAAUACAGUUUGCUCAUUAAAAGGAUAACAAGAAAAGGAAGAGAAUACGUGCAUAUGAAGUACACACACCCCAUCCUUCUCCAGGAAAAGCUCUGAUACUUUGUUGUAAAAGUCUGAUUACCUUCUGGUGUCCAUACGUCUUUUACGUUUUUUUUGCGUUAGAGGCAAAAAGAGGAGAUGACACACAAUAAAAGAGUCACUUUUCAAGCAGUUUUAAACCAUAAAAACGGCCAGAAGUGCAUUUGAUAAGAGCUCGGCAUGGAUCUUUUGCAUGUAUUAACAUGCUCGACGGCGAGGAGGAAGCGAGAGAGCGUGGAGGAGUGUAAAUUUUAACGCAUGCACACGCACACACGUGCACACACGAAGUUCAGUUCCAAAUGUGAAAAUAGUGUAAA